GCAUUUUCUGCCUAGUUAAAUUAAAUCGGUUGUCCUCCUGGCUCUCACCUAUAUGAACCUGUCUUUACCUAUUAGAAUAUAAGCUUCUUGUGAAAGCAGAGACUCUAACUUUUGCUUUUGGUCCUCAGCACCUAACUCUGUACCUGGAGCAUAACAGACUCAUGAAAGACACUUCUUCUUUCAUUCAUUCAUUUAUUACUUAACUGAGUGCUAGGCUGGAAGCCGUUUUCAGAGAUUUUCAAAAUAAGGGUGAUACCAAAAUGCCUAUUGUUUCCCUCGGUGGAGAUGUGAGGCAGGGAGAUUUUGUGAGAGAUGCCUCCCAAAACUGUCCCGAUCACUGUGCUGUGCUGUUUUGCAGUUUUAAACAGCACGCCUUCCACCUCCCUAUCUGGAAACCAAUCAAACCAAUAUUUGUACAGGUUAAUUCACUCCCUUCUUGCUCCCUUAGCCAUUCCUGUCAUUCCUCAGACCCAAACCUCCCUCUUCCAGACUUCUCCCCUGCUGUGUUAUUUCUCCCCAUUAGGAAGUAAAUCCUCCAGGGCAAAUAGUUGGCUCUUAAGGAAAGAUUUUCAUUCUUUCCUGUUAUCAGAAGACAGGUCCAACAGGAGGAAGGACGCUGACCUUUGGGCACCACAGGUGGGCUUGGAAGCACUUUGGCAGACUCUCAUAGCAGCAGCCUGAGGAAAAGGGGUGCAAGUUGCAAGGGCCCCAGCUACAAAGGACUGGAGUGUCUUGGGAUCUGGAAAAUCAGCAGGGUCUGUAGAAGAAGGAGACUGAAGAAUCCAUGGCUCCUUAUCACAUCCGGAAGUAUCAGGACCAAGACAGGGAGGCUGUGAUAGACAUGUUCAUCAAGGGAACCCUGUAUCUAGUUUCUUUUGGCUUCUUCCAUCAGCUAAAGCAGCCCAGAAGCUUCCUGCUCCUGCUGGGGGGGCCAGGGGCCCUGUUCCUUGGCUCUGGCUCCCUCCUCCUGUCUCUCCUAGCCCUCCCAGGCCUCCUGGCCUUCCUGUGGCUAGUUGCUAGAUAUCCCAUCAAAAAUUACUUGGACCACGCUUUGCGCACUGAUAUGUCAGACAUCAGGAAAUUCUAUCUCAAUGACAGAGGAUCUUGUUUCUGGGUAGCAGAGAAAGAGGGUCAGGUGGUGGGCAUGGUGUGUGCCUGUCCCCAAAAGAUGGCUCCCGGAGGACAGAAACGCUUGGAGCUGCUACAUUUGUCAGUGAGACAGGAGCACCGGGGCCAGGGGAUGGCCAAAUCCCUGACCCAGACUGUGCUGCAAUUUGCACAGGACCAGGGCUACGAUGCUGUGGUCUUAAGUACCCUUAGCUUUAAUAAUGCAGCUCAAAGAGUGUAUGAGCAACUGGGCUUCUGGAAAGCACGUGAAGCCUUUGAUUCCCUGAAAUGGAGGGUGACGGGCAUGACUUUUUUCUACUAUGAAUAUUCAGUCCCUUCUUCACACUAAAAACUCCCUGAACCAUUUUUGUCUUUAGCCCUUUAUAGAUUGGCCCAGGAUAGGCCUCUGCAUACCACCUGUGCUCAUUAAAGCCUGUUAACUGGCAUCAUUGGCUUUUCCCCCUCGUGUCAAAAGGUCCUCUCCCAAACAAAGGGAUUUGAGAUGGGAAAAAUCCCAGAAUCUCAGCAUUAGAAAGGACUUCACUAGGGGCAGCUAGGAUGCCAGGAUUUCACUGGCAUCCAGGCUAACCCACUGCUAACCAGGAACCCCCACCACAAUAUAGCUGACUAGUGGCUAUCCAGCCUUGUGCUUCUUUCAAAGGCAGCCCUUCAUAUUUUGGGAUAGUUGGACUGUUGGAAAGAUUUCCUUUAAUGCUGUCAGAUCUUCCCCCCACUUACUCCUCAUUCUUGAUGCUGGACCAAGGGGAUUCCUCUUUUACACAAAAAUAGCUUCCUUCACAUCCUUGGUGAUGAUUAUCCUGUCAACCUCUCUAAUCCAAUCCAAUUCAAUAAACAUUUACUAAGAUACAUAAGAUUUAGACUAACUUUCUUGUGCCAGACCAUACCCAGCUUCAGUGGGGUCUACAUUAUUUGAAUUGAUAACCUUAUAUAGAUAUACUUUCUCAAUCCAAGUGAUCCUUAGUCCUUCAUUUCAAUAUAGCUCACUUCUAAUCACGUCAACCAAUUAUAUUCAAUUGCUAUUUGAUGGACCACCUACUAUUUGGAAGGCUAUAUAAGAUAUGAAACCACCUCCAUUUUGGGUCUUUGGUCUGAGAGAUAUGGCUAAUGACCAUGCUUUUCUUAAUAACCUGUUGGCCUUCUUAAUAAAAUCAUUAAAUUAACCCAAAA